AUGGGAACUCGCAAUACCAGAAGCCCUCCUCUCUACGCUGGACGUGGGAGUCACCCGGUGGAGGGUACCGUAAUGGACCACAUCAUCGUCAAUAAAAGGUUCUGCCUGACGGACGUGGUUGUCGUACCAAAAUUCUAUAUGGGAUCGGACCAUCGCCUCCUUCGAGCAAGAUUUUUCUUCACAAGGAGAGCAGAGAAAGCCGCCACGUUCAGAGAGAGAGAGAGAGAUCCCCAGACUAUCAUCAACUGGGAUCUCUUCGCUACGCUAGCCGGCUUUUGGGAAGAUUCCGUAAUGGACAACAUCGACGAGGAAUCUGACCGGCUCGUUGAACACCUUCACGACUGCGCGAAGAAGGCUGAAAGUUUUAAAACCACCAAGAGACGCCUGUCUCUUGAAACUCUUGAGCUGAUACGCCUGCGUGGAGCAGCACGAGCCGCAGGGAACCAAGAACUCACGUCCGAGCUCGCAAAGCUUUGCAGAGAUGCGAUAAAGGAAGACCUUAAAGAGAGAAGAGCAGAAGUGCUGGUGGAUGCUGCAGAGGCGGUAAAAAGCAUCCGCUAUGCCUGUCGAGACAUCGCCAGUCGCAAGACAAAGAUGACUAUUCUCCGGAACCCGAAGGGACAACCAUUGCACCGAGAAGGGAAAUGGAGAAAAUCAUCUGCAGUUUCUACUCUGAUUUCUUCGACAACCAUGUCCACUUGUCUCCUCACCAUCUGA